UAGUACCGUUAAGCUAACACUAUUAGAACCCUUUGGGCUAAAUUCUGUUUGUUUAAUUUGUUGUUGAGUAUGAUAAAGUAGUUUACGUCCAAAUAAACCAGUGCGUUACAAUAGCUUACUAGCUGUUUUUAUUAUUUAUUCAAUUAAGUUAUAUAUUGUUAAAGGCUAAUUUCAUAUUCCCUCUAUUCAUGUGGCGCAUUAUUGUGUCAGUGUAUGUGUGCCUGGAGUGUUGAGUAAACCAGUUGGCCCCAGAGCCAAAUAUGUGACACAUCUUAUCGGCUCUGCAUUUUCUGACAUGCCGCGGCUCAUCACUAACACACAACGCAGCUCUCUGGAGAAACGAGCACAGACACAUCCGCCGAGCGCCUGAACCCAGUUGUUCAGCGGUGAAACCGAGGUUGCGUUCGCUGGUUCUGCAAAGCGGUGAGCGACCUCGGUUAAACAGUGACUGUAGCUGCGCUGUUUCCUGUUCGUGGAAACGGCCCCGCGACCAACUCGAUGCGAGGCUUCCUUGGCUCGACAUCCUCGCCUUUGUUUCCUUGGACUGUGCCAUCUAUCUCCCCGCUGAGCAGGUCCACUAAAGGGGCCAGUACCCUUCAGUCAGCAAAGACCCCACCACGUCAUAGAUGCUACACGCUGUCUUUACCCCUGUAUGACAGAUUGUUUGAGGAAACAAUAGAGUUAAAAUUCCUCUUAACGUGAACAAAGAAGCCAUGUAUCUGCAACCGUUACUCUGUGUCUUUUGGCUGCUGUCCCUGGCCUUGAUGCUGGAAGAAGCCUCCCCAUUGAACAGUGUUCCCCGCAAAUUUGUGCCCUUUCAUAGGGACAACGCUCACCUGUUUAGUGAGAUGGGCGUGUUCAACUAUACCACCAUGCUGUUGAGAGAAGACCUGAACCUGCUAGUGCUCGGUGCCAGGGAGUCGGUGUAUGCUCUCAACCUGCAAGACAUCUCCAAGGAACUUGCUUCUGUCAAAUGGGAAGUGACGAAACAGCAAAAAACGGAUUGUAACCACAAAGGAAAAGAUUCAGAGAUAGAUUGCAAGAACUAUAUAAGGAUCCUUCACAAGAGGAAGGAUGACAGGAUGUAUGUCUGUGGAACCAAUGCUUUUGAUCCUGUGUGUGACUACAUGUCAUAUGCAGAUGGAAAGCUGAGUCUUGAGAAGAAAGGAGAAGAUGGCAAAGGGAAGUGUCCCUUUGAUCCUUUCCAGAGAUAUGCCUCAGUCAUGGUUGAUGACACUCUGUAUUCAGCCACGUCUAUGAACUUCUUGGGCUCUGAACCUGUCCUUAUGCGAAGCUCUGCUGUCCCAAUACGCACCGAGUUCAAGAGCACCUGGCUCAAUGAACCUACCUUUGUUUCCAUGGCUCAAAUGCCGGAGAGUGAGGAGAGUGAGGAAGGAGAUGAUGACAAGAUUUACCUUUUCUUCAGUGAAACAGCUGUGGAGUGUGAUUGCUACAACACGCCGGUGAUUUCCAGAGUGGCCCGCGUCUGCAAGGGGGAUCUUGGAGGUAAGAGGACCUUGCAGAAGAGGUGGACGUCCUUCCUGAAGGCCAGAAUUGAAUGUCCAGUGCUAGAGUCCCAACUGCCGUACAUUAUCCAGGACACUUACCGCUGGUGUGACCCCCAGCAGAACUGGAAGGACUGUUUGUUUUAUGGCGUCUUCACACCACAGUUGGACACAGACAUGUCAGCAGUGUGUGCGUACCGCGUGUCUGACAUCAGCAGAGUGUUUGCAGAGGGGAAGUACAAGAACCCAGUCGCCGUAGAAACCUCUUUUGUUAAGUGGGUGAUGUACAGUGGAGAGGUCCCAUCCCCCCGGCCCGGUGCUUGUAUAGACAACAAGGCUCGUGAUGCAGGUAUAUCGCAGACAUUGCAACUCCCCGACCGGACCCUUCAGUUUAUCAAAGAUAAACCGCUCAUGGACCAGGCCAUCCAGCCAAUCGGAGAUAAGCCUCUGCUGGUGCGAAAGGGAGCUAAGUUUACCCGCGUCGUAGUCGAUCAAGUGCAAGCUGUUGAUGGCGGGAAGUACCACGUGAUGUUUAUAGGCACAGAGGUGGGAACUGUACUAAAAGCAGUGAAUUAUGAUGGAGAGAUGUUCAUUAUAGAAGAAAUUCAACUUUUUCAGCGUCCAUGUGCAAUCAAGAUUUUGAAAAUUUCCAAAGUCACGGGUCAGAUCUAUGCAGGGUCAGAUAAUGGAGCCGCACAGCUACAACUGGCCACCUGUGAGCGGGCAUUAUCCUGCAUGGACUGUGUUCUAGCCAGAGACCCGUACUGUGGCUGGGACCAAGUUGUUGGAAAAUGUAUUGCUCUUUCUAAAGCAGAAAGGCGGCUAAUCCAGAGUGUGAAGGAAGGAAAUGCUACUUUGUGUCCAGCUGCUGAUAUUGUGAGACCAAUGAAUCAGUCAAUCGGGCCCGGCGGCAACCUGAAGCUCAGUUGCCUCCCGCCAUAUAACCUGGCAAAGACCAGUUGGGAGAUGGACAAUGGACACCAACUGCCUUCGGCUCACCUCCAGCUACUACCAGAUGGACUGCUUAUUUUGAACGCUUCACACAGAGAUGCCGGUCGGUACCGCUGUCUGUCUGUGGAGCGCUCCAGAGCUGUGAAUUAUACGACUAUUGUAGCUGAGUACGAGGUCAGAAUAGCUUCAACAGGCUCUGGCAAGGCUCUGACAGUGUUACCUGAGGCACAGACGAAUGGCCCCUCUGUGGUUGGACUGUGGGUUGUAAUUGGGCUGCUUCUAGUAGCUUUUCUAGCCCUAUUAACCUGGAACUUUUACAAAAAACACAUUUCUCUGCCAUGUAAACGUGAACAGAAAAAUGGAGCCCACCGUCCUCAGUCUCAAAUGACUGACCCGCUUUAGAGUGUCAAAAAGAGAUGGAUGUAAAUGGUGUAAAAGAUUUGUUUCAAGCCCAAAACACUGGGUUCAUCAGUUUAGUUCUAAUAUUUAAGUUCUUCCAGAGAAUCUUAACCUUUAUAGCAAUAUCAGCAAGUUUGAAUAUAAAGGCUACAAUUUAAAAUCUAAUUCUUAAAAAAAUUCCAGAAAAGUUUUAAACAUGUUCAACACACUUGAAUUUUUUUAUUUUACUUGGCUGGAUGUAAAUGUAUCCUACUGACUGUUAAUAGCAACAUAAAUUGAAAUGUGUAAAUACAUUUUUUUUUUUGUUCUUUACUUGGAAUGUACAGUAGAUAGAUUUUAGCCACUUUUUAAACCAUUAGCUGCAGAGUUAGUAUUAAUAUAUUAAACUAUGGCUACCUGGUACACGUGCCUCAGUGUUUGAAUGAGACUGGACAAGAAUAGAUUACCAGAUGUUAAAUGAUCUGGUCUUGUUUUUUUGAAGUUUUUUUUCUACAUUAAUUGUUCUUCCUCUGAAGUUAAAGAUGUUCAUUGUUUCAUUUAUAACAAUUUUUUUUCCAAAAAUAAAAACAAGUAAUUUGAGGCAGCUUACAAAAAGUAAA